CCCACUUCACUCCCCAAUCAUUGUUGGACUCUUGAACCCGUGGAAGAGCAGAUCUAAAAACUGCCAUCAAAAUUGGUUGCAUUGAGGUCAUAAAUUGUUUAAUUAAUUAAAAUACUUUGUAACAAUGGCGAGGGUGCUUGUUGGAGUUAAACGAGUCAUCGAUUAUGCCGUUAAGAUUCGCGUAAAACCAGAUCAUACUGGUGUUCUAACCGAAGGGGUCAAGCACUCAAUGAAUCCAUUUGAUGAAAUUGCGAUUGAAGAAGCAGUGAGAAUGAAGGAAAAAAAAAUAGCUGAAGAGGUCAUCGCAGUCUCGUGUGGUCCUGCCCAGGCCCAGGAAACCCUCAGGACCGCCCUGGCCAUGGGGGCGGAUAAAGCGAUUCACGUGGAGGUCUCUGGGCCUGAGUAUGAGACCCUUCAGCCCAUUCAUGUCUCCAAAAUCCUGGCUAAAUUAGCCGAGGAAGAGAAGGCCAAUAUUGUUCUCGUGGGAAAGCAAGCCAUCGACGAUGACUGUAAUCAGACUGCCCAGAUGACUGCUGGAGUGCUUGAUUGGCCCUCUGGGACAUUUUGCAGCAAAAUUGAACAUGGAUCUGGUGAGCUCACCGUCACCAGGGAGGUCGACGGAGGUUUGGAGACCAUCAAGAUUAAAACUCCAGUUGUCCUGAGUGCUGAUUUACGCCUGAACGAGCCUCGUUACGCCACAUUACCGAAUAUAAUGAAAGCGAAGAAGAAACCGAUCAAGAAAAUAACUCCAAAGGAUCUGGGAAUCGACGUUUCUCCGAGAGUGGAAAUUCUGUCUGUGGAGGAUCCUCCAGUGAGAGAAGCUGGGUCCAUCCUCCCAGACGUCGACGCCCUCGUCGGUAAAUUGAAGGAGAAGGGCUUCGCUUGAGGAGACAAAUUAGAAGAGAAAUUAUUCAUGUACAUCCGCCAAAGUCCCUGCGUUACAUCGACGUAAAUUUAAUUAGGAGAUGGAAAACUUGAUAACUGAUCAUUAAUCUGAUUGUAAAUACAAUUCUAUUUUUUAUAAAACAUUUAUAUGUUUAAAUAAAAAUUUACAUUGGCAAAUUAAUAA